UAUUUUCGUUCCUCUUCUUUUUUCUUUUCUCCCACUCUCACUUUAUAAUGGACGCAUCAAUAACAGACCAUGAACCUGGAAAACUCGGGAAGUUUGCCUUAAGGUUCAUGUCCGAGAAUUCAUUUGGUUACAAAAUAUUCUUUGGUCCGGAUCCACAUAAAGUUCGCUUUAAGGUUGUAUUGUUACUGUCCUGCCUGUCCCUUUUACAAGCUGUGGUAUGGGUAGCUGUAGUCAUCGCUUUCCGCCCUUAUCCUUCCAUGAUGGGUACAGGUGCCCUUGCCUAUACACUGGGUCUACGACAUGCUGUGGAUGCUGAUCAUAUCUCUGCAAUUGACAAUGUGACUCGAAAGUUGCUGAACAACAAUCAGCAUCCUGUUUGUGUGGGCUUGUUUUUCUCCUUAGGGCAUUCAACUGUUGUUUUUAUCACAUCCAUCAUCGUUGCUGCCACGGCAAAUGCAGUGGCCAAUAACAUUGACGAUUUCUCAGAAAUCGGUGGUUUGAUCGGUACCUCAGUUUCCAUUGCAUUUCUUGUCUUGAUUGCUAUUCUAAAUUUGAUUUGUAUGAUUGGUGUGAUCAAAACUAUGCGACAGGUGAAAAGAGAAGGUGUCUAUACCGAUAUUGAUGUUGAAGAGUACUUGAGUAACAGAGGAAUAUUGGGCCGUUUCUUUCGCCCUAUAUUCAAGUUCAUCAAUGCAUCAUGGAAAAUGUACCCCUUAGGCUUCUUGUUUGGUUUGGGCUUCGAUACAGCCUCUGAAAUCACCUUGCUAGGUAUCACAGCUGUUCAAGGUGCAAAUGGAAUGUCAAUGUGGCUUAUUAUUUUGCUUCCAAUUCUUUUUGCUUCAGGCAUGGCAUUGAUUGAUUCACUGGACAGUAUACUCAUGCUUUUUACAUACAAAUGGGCUUACAUUAACCCUGUCCGAAAACUCUUUUACAACUUGACUAUCACAUCUAUUAGUGUCACUGUUGCUGUGAUUGUGGCAUUAAUCGAAUUGUUCUCAUUGAUUGGCGAACAGCUUGAACUGGAUAAUGGAUGGUGGCAAUUUUGGUAUUUUCUUUCUGACAGUUUUGAGUGGAUUGGUAUCAUUAUUGUUGGUGUAUUUAUUGUUACUUGGGCUAUCAGUGCCGUUGUUUAUCGCCUCACAGGCUACAGAGAUCUUGAAAAAGAAUUUGAUGAAUACAAGCCUCAUAAAAUUAAGGAAAUGAUACCAAAACAAGGAAAAGCUAAAGAUAUAGAAGAAGGCAUUUCUCCUGAUAAGGACCAAAUAGCCGUCGAUUCACAAUCAAAGGAGAUUGAAUCUUUUCAAGAUCUGAAGAAAUCAUCGCUAUGAUCUUUACAAAAUUAUCUUCUAUACACCAAUACAUGUAAAUAAAAAUCAAUAUUGCUCGAGACAAUGAGUAAUAUUUGUAUAUAGCCAGUUUU